AUGCCUCCUUCAGUCCCGGACUUUCACGACGGCCGCAGUGGCACCCGAACUCCCGUGGAAGCCCUCGAUAUUGGGCGUAUGAAAACAUGGCAAAUCUACCACAUCGACCUACUACGUGCAUGGGACCUCGCCAAGAAAGGAUUCAAAGGCGUGCCAAAGAACAUGCGUCUGAGCGAUGAGGCCGCUUUUUCAUUCUCUGUUUUCAUGCCUCCGUCCAUGCGUGCCAAAUACUUCCCGUACGACUUCGACUCCCGCGGCGAUCUUCGAGAAUGUCGCAUCGCCCAAGACCCGCCGAUGAUCAUCAAGUGCCACGGCAUCAACUGGUUCCCCACCUACCGCGGUGGGAACAUCCUAUGCGGUUCCUGGUGGAGAGCAAUUGGCUGGCUUCGGAGCCUCGAGGUAUCACCGGAUUACGGCUACAAGAUCGGUGAAUUUGUCGCUCCCCCAGAAGCUGCCAAACUUUGCACGACCCCCCUUCAGCUGGAUGGUCACCGGCUGCGUCCUUCUCCCUCCGGGAUCAGCCCUUAUAAGCUAGCCCUGGAGUUUGUUCCUCCGGUCUCCUUGGAGGAUGCUAUUGCCCGCCAGGGCAUAGCUCUCGACAUGGACGUGGCGUCCCACCAGGUCCUUGUCAUCAAGGCCAAGGAGAAGUACGCCUUUCAAUUCUUGCCGGAAGUUGAAGGCUUCCACUAUCUUGCGGGCCCUCACUCUGAUCCGAGAGAUCCUGCUCAGAGAAUCCUCCGGCACCCUGCCACAAAGGAUGAGGAUCUCAAGGAGAAGUAUGGGGGCCCAUACAAGAAUAGUGGAGAUUCGGAGGAGCUGUGA